CAGACGCGGUAGCAGUAGAAGAAGGAGUAGCAUACUAUAAGGAAGGGAAAAGACUAGAUAACCACACAGCUCUCUCUCUCUCUGAAGAAGGUGGAUUUGCCUUCCUUUUUCCUCCUCUUCCUCGAAUCCAGAUAUGAAGUGAAGGUUAAAAUGUUCUGAGCUUCUGUCAAACCUCGGGAGUUCCGUUGGUCCAUUCACAGGUAGACUAGUAUCGACAAACCGAUACAGACAACGCGAACACGUACAUUUGUUGUUGUACUGAAAGCAAAACCGGAGGAUUCGAGAACGGAGUGAUAUCGGCCAGGAUCUCUUUCCCAUCUCCAACCGUCGAGAUGAAUACCAACGAUGCUAAGGAGUAUCUCACCAGGCGGGAGAUACCUCAACUGUUUGAGAGCCUGUUGACAGGGUUGAUGUACUAUAAACCAGAGGACCCUAUAGACUACCUGGAGGUGUGUCUAAAGAAGGUGAGGGAGCUUGGGGGACCAGACAGGGUCCGGUGGGACACAUUCGUCGGCCAGGAGAAGAAGUCCCUUCCCCCCCUCAACGGAGGACAGUCGCGUAGGUCCUUCUUCAGAAACGUGCUCCCAGACAGUCCCAACUUCCCAUACCGGCGCUACGACCGUCUCCCUCCCAUCAGCCAGUUCUCCAUUGAGAGUGAUUCAGACCUGUCGGAGACCGCUGAACUCAUCGAGGAGUACGAGGUGUUCGACCCCUCCAGACCACGACCCAAAGUCAUCCUCAUCAUCGGAGGGCCAGGCAGUGGUAAGGGGACCCAGAGUCUGAAGAUAGCAGAGUGCUAUGGGUUCCAGUAUGUCUCAGUAGGAGAGCUGCUCAGGAAAAAGAUGAUUCAUAACGCCACCAGCAACAGGAAGUGGAGUCUCAUCGCCAAGAUCAUCACCAAUGGGGAGCUGGCACCUCAGGAGACCACCAUCACUGAGAUUAAGCAGAAGAUCAUGAAGAUUCCAGACGCCAGUGGGAUCGUGAUUGAUGGGUUUCCUCGUGAUGUGGGACAGGCGCUUUCUUUUGAGGACCAGAUCUGUACUCCAGACCUGGUCGUGUUCCUGUCCUGUGCUAACCAUCGUCUGAAGGAGCGCCUGGAGAAGCGUGCAGAGGCGACGGGUCGUCCUGAUGACAACCCCAAUGCAACGGAGCGUCGCCUCACCAACUUCAAACAGAACACCAUCCCCUUGGUCAAAUACUUCCAGGAGAGGGGACUCAUCGUCACGCUCCUCGCAUUUGCCGGGCUAGAAUGGGCAUCC